GUGGUCUCCGUUCCGCUCACACGCCCAGGGCAUGCUCCGGGCUCUUGCUCUUGGCCUCGGCAGCGGCAAGGGACACCACCCGCCCGCGGAGACAUGAGGCGUAACCCGUGGGCCGCCCUGGCCUUGGGGCAGCUGUUCCUCUGCCUGGCCCUGGCCAACUUUGCUCCCCACUUCUUCGACAACGGGGUCGGCAGCACCAAUGGGAACAUGGCACUGUUUAGCCUCCCAGAGGACACACCUGUAGGCUCUCACGUGUACACCCUGAAUGGAACUGAUCCUGAGGGCGAGCCGGUCUCCUAUCACAUCAGCUUUGACCCCAGCGCAAGGAGUGUCUUUUCUGUGGACCCCACACUUGGGAACAUCACGCUGGUGCAGGAACUGGACAGAGAGAGGGAAGAUGAGAUUGAAGCCAUCAUCAGCAUUUCUGACGGCCUGAAUCUGGUGGCAGAAAAAGUCACGAUCCUGGUGACAGAUGCUAAUGAUGAGGCACCCCAGUUCAUCCAGGAGCCUUAUGUCGUCUUGGUUCCCGAGGACAUACUUCCCGGGAGCAGCAUCUUUACCGUCCGUGCAGUGGACAAGGACACAGGCUCUGGAGGGAGUGUCACCUACUUCCUGCAGAACCUGUACCCCGGCAAGUUUGCUGUGGACCAUCACAGCGGUGUGCUGCGCCUGCAGGCUGGGGCCACCCUGGACUAUGAGAAGUGCCAGGCCCAUUUCAUCACCGUGGUUGCCAAGGAUGGCGGGGGCAGGCUUCGCGGGGCCGACGUGGUAUUCUCAGCCACUGCCACUGUCACCGUCACCGUGGAGGACGUCCAGGACAUGCCCCCCGUCUUCGUGGGCACACCCUACUACGGCUACGUGUACGAGGACACCCUCCCGGGCUCGGAGGUACUUACAGUGGUGGCCAUGGAUGGUGACCGAGGUAACCCCAACCGCAUCCUCUACAACCUCGUGAAUGGGAGUGAUGGAGCCUUUGAAAUCAAUGAGACAUCCGGAACCAUCUUCGUCACACAGAGCCCUGCCCAGCUGCAGAGGGAAAUGUAUGAGCUGCAUGUGCAGGUGACUGAGAUCAGUUCUGCAGGGAGCGCAGGGGACCAAGCCGUGGCCCCCAUCACCAUCAGGGUCGUGGACCUGAACAACCAUCCCCCGACGUUCUAUGGAGAGAGCGGGCCCCAGAACAGGUUUGAGCUGACCAUGUACGAGCACCCGCCGCAGGGGGAGAUCCUGCGAGGCCUCAAGAUCACCGUCAAUGACUCCGAUCAGGGAGCCAAUGCCAAGUUCAACUUGCGGCUGGUAGGACCAGGGGGUAUCUUCCGGGUGGUGCCACAGACCGUCCUGAACGAGGCCCAGGUCACCAUCAUCGUGGAGAACUCUGCCGCCAUUGACUUUGAGAAGUACAACGUGCUGGCCUUCAAGCUGCUGGCCGUGGAAGUGAGCACCCCUGAGAAGUUCAGCUCCACAGCAGACGUUGUGAUCCAGCUCCAGGACACCAAUGACAAUGACCCCACUUUCACCUCCCACUACUACAUUGCCAGGAUCCCUGAGAACGCCCCGGGGGGCACCCACGUGGUGGCUGUCACAGCUCUGGAUCCAGACACAGGAUCCUGGGGUGAAGUCAAAUAUUCUAUCUCUGGGAGCGAAGCCAACCUGUUCCUGAUCCACUCAGCCACUGGGCUCAUCUACACCCAGCCCUGGGCCAGCCUGGACGCUGAGGUCACAUCCAGGUACAACUUCUAUGUGAAGGCGGAGGACAUGGAGGGAAGGUCCGGUCUGGCCGAGGUGUGUGUCAUAGUGUUGGAUGUCAAUGACCACUACCCCCAGUUUGGAAAGAGCAUCGAGGAGAAGACGAUGGUGCUGGGGAUCCCAGUGAGGAUUGAGGCUACGGACCAGGAUGCCGAGGAGCCCAACAACCUGGUGGACUACUCCAUCACCCAUGCUGAGCCAGUCAAUGUGUUUGACAUCGAUGCUCACACCGGGGAGAUCCGGCUCAAGAACUCCAUCAGCUCCUUGGAAGUCCUGCACAAUAUCACUCCCAGUGGGGAGGACUGCACGUGGUCCCUCCAGGUGCAGGCCAAGGACCGUGGCUCACCGUCCUUCAGCACCACGGCCUUACUCAAGAUUGAUAUCACAGAUGCUAAGACGCUGUCCCGAGACCCCAUGGCUGCCUUCCUGAUUCACACCAAGGACAACCCCAUGAAGGCUGUGGGUGUGCUGGCUGGCAUCAUGGCCACUGUGGUGGCCAUUACCAUCAUCAUCUCCACUGCCACCUUCUGGCGCAACAAGAAAUCCAACAAGGUCUUGCCCGUGCGACGGGUGAUCCGCAAGCGCCCUAGCCCUGCGCCCCGUGCCGUCCGCAUUGAGUGGCUCAAGUCCAGGAAGGCCAAGGCUGCCACCAAGUUCAUGCUCAAGGAGGAUCCUCCCAACGAGAACUACAACAACCACAACCCAGUGAACCCACUGCCCCCCACGGCUCCAGCUCUGCCUCCACCUGCCAGCUCUCCACCCGCCAGCUCUCCACCCAACACAGCCGCAGCCCACUGGACAGUGCCCACCAUCUCGGGAUCCCUCUCUUCCCCGGAGCCCCAAGAGUUGUCAGAAGCCAAAACCUCAGAGACCCCUGUCCAGUCAACUCUGGUUUCUGAGCUCAAGCAGAAGUUUGAGAAGAAAAGCAGAGACAACAAGGCUUACUUCUAG